CGGGGGGCGUGUCCACCCGGGCCAAUCGCCGGCAGCCCACAGUGCGGAGCGAGCGCCUCAAAUGCUCGGGUUUCUCAGCUGAUUGUCUCCAGCCGAGAGUUGUUUUCUGCUGCUGCGGAGCCGAGCCGCGGCUUCAGGAGCCGAGCGCCCCGGGGGGGAAGGGGAGGCGGGCCCGAGGGCAGCCGCGGCCAGCGCUCGGGGCUGCCGAGUCUUGUCACGGCGCUGCCCCGGGGCCGCUGGCUGGAGCGGGCGGGCGGGAGGUCCGGGGGCGCUUGGGCUGCUUCCUUCCCGCGCUCCCUCGCCGCUGCUCGCGUCCCCUCAUGAGGGUGUCAGUGGCGGGGCCGGCGCCAGCCGCGGUCCCCACGGCUGCCCGCGAACCCCCGACGCCCGGCGGGGGCACCGUCGCGGCGGCCUCGGGUGCCGCGGUGCCCGGUUCGGUGCAGCUGGCGCUGAGCGUGCUGCACGCGCUGCUUUACGCGGCGCUCUUCGCCUUUGCCUACCUGCAGCUGUGGCGGCUGCUCCUGUACCGCGAGCGGCGGCUCAGUUACCAGAGCCUCUGCCUCUUCCUCUGUCUCGCGUGGGCUGCGCUCAGGACCACGCUCUUCUCGGCCGCCUUCUCCCUCAGCGGCUCGCUGCCAGUGCUGCGGCCGCCCUCUCGCCUGCACUUCUUCCCGCACUGGCUGCUCUACUGCUUCCCCUCCUGCCUCCAGUUCUCCACGCUCUGUCUUCUCAACCUCUACCUGGCAGAGCCGCUGAUGGACUCGGUGCCUGAGAGGGUUGGAGAAGUGUGAGACAGUAUGCGUGCCCCGACAACUUAAGACUGUGGGACACCCUUUGUUCAGUGUUCCAGACCUCCACGGUAAGGCGUUGGUGGCGACCACAGAGCGGCAUCGUAAGAACUAACAGCUCAGAUGGCUCUGCCGGGGCUGGACCGGGUUGAGGGAGGUUGGUUGCUGAGGUAGCGGCAGCUCUGCCGAAGCUGGACCUCUGCCAGCCAUUACGUCACCAGGCAGAGCUGUUCCUCCGCUAUUGUUGCUGCGUUUCUUUUAUUAGACGCUUAUAUCCCCACCAG